CGUCCCCCCCGGCAAGAUCAACGGGAAGGUACGUCACAUCCCCGUUGUAUCGACGCGCAGGCGCACAGUAGGAAACCGGAAGCCUGACUGGCGCGUGGGCCGGCGGCAGAGGAACGCUCCCGCCCCGCCCCAGCCCCCUCUGCUCCGCACCGCCCCUCCCCUCUGCUCCCCGCCUCCCCUGUCGGCCGGGUGAGCCGCGGCCCGAGGAAGAUGUUGCCUCUCUCCAUCAAGGAUGAUGAGUACAAACCGCCCAAAUUCAACCUGCUCAGGAAGGUGUCGGGCUGGUUCAGGUCCAUUCUGGCGGACAAGACCUCCCGCAACCUCUUCUUCUUCCUCUGCCUUAAUCUCUCCUUCGCCUUCGUGGAGCUGCUCUACGGCCUCUGGAGUAACAGUUUAGGUCUAAUAUCAGAUUCUUUUCAUAUGUUUUUUGACUGUACUGCUCUAUUGGCUGGAUUAGCAGCUUCCGUUAUUUCAAAAUGGAGGUCAAAUGACGCUUUCUCAUAUGGGUAUGUCAGAGCAGAAGUACUUGCUGGUUUUGUAAAUGGUUUAUUCCUCAUCUUUACAGCAUUCUUCAUUUUUUCUGAAGGUGUUGAGAGAGCACUUGAGCCUCCUGACGUGCAUCAUGAGAGGCUUCUUCCUGUUUCUAUCCUAGGAUUCAUUGUAAAUCUUAUAGGAAUAUUUGUUUUUCAACAUGGAGGUCAUGGGCAUUCACAUGGCUCUGGGCAUGAACACAGCCAUUCUCUAUUUAAUGGGGGUCUCAGCCAUGGACACAGUCACGGAGGUCACGGUCACAGCCAUGAGCAUAAACAUGCCCAAGGACACACUCAUGAUCAUGGGCACAGUCAUGGACACUCUGAAGGUCAGGCUUAUUGCCAUGAUGACCACUCUCUUCAAGGGAUGGCUGGAUCCAACAAACAGAUUUUACAAGGUGUAUUUCUACACAUUGUUGCAGACACGCUUGGAAGUAUUGGUGUAAUCAUAUCUGCUAUACUGAUGCAAAACUAUGGUCUAAUGAUAGCAGAUCCUAUUUGUUCAAUGCUGAUAGCACUACUUAUAGGUGUAAGUAUUGUUCCACUUUUGAAAGAAUCAAUUGGAAUUUUGAUGCAACGAACUCCUCCUUCCCUGGAAAAUGCCCUUCCUCAGUGCUACCAGAGGGUGCAGCAGUUGCAAGGAGUUUACAGUUUACAUGAUCCACAUUUCUGGACCCUCUGUACUGAUGUUUACAUAGGGACUUUGAAGUUACUAGUAGCUCCAGAUGCUGAUGGAAGAUGGAUUCAAAGCCAAACUCACAAUAUUUUUACUCAGGCAGGAGUAAGACAGCUUUACAUACAGAUUGAUGUCGCAGCCAUGUAGUGAAUUUCUGAAACUGACCAAAGCUUUCUGUACUGUAAUGCUACAACAACUGUACUUCUCAAGAGAGAGGCUGCCUCCACCUGUUCUGGAACUGACUGAAUAGAUUUCUGUCCUUGGCCUAUGGAUGGAGUUCACUUCUAGGGAGUAAAUAUUGAAUGAAUGUUAUAGACUCUGGGUCUUGUCUUUUUGGGCCCCAUAACUUUCAAGUUUUGGGGGGUUUUUUACUUACUAAGAUUGUGGUACUGGAAACCCUGUCAUGUCUUCAGUGAAGCUGCUGAAACCACUGCUCAUUCCCAUAAAACCAGUGUUACCAACUAUUGGAAAUCUGUUUUGUAGAUAAUGUCACAAUGGCUGACAUGCUUCAAUAUAGUUGUAUGUUUCUACAAUUGUUUGUACUUUGCAAACUUAAUGAACCAAACCAUAUUGGGUUUUCAAAGUGCCUUUUAUAUCAGGAGAGGUAUUUGCCAGCAUAAAAAUGGAGCAUCAAAGGGUUUUAUUACUUUUACAAGUAUCUUGUAUGCAGUCACAUUAUUUACUAGUGAAGUAAGGGGGAGCGGGGUGUACUUGCAUAACUCUAGCCGUUAGACUUUCCUUAGACUUGCAUCAUACCAGACAGAACAAUUGUAGAUGUAAAAGGCAAAGAAACUUGUUAUCAAGAGACUUGCUUCCAAAACAGACUAUAUAUUUUGUUACAUACGUCUUGUGGAAAAAAAUUAAUAUUUUAAGUUAAAAUAUUAAACUCCAAUUCUUAGUCUCAUCAAGCUGUUGAGAGUAGUAAGAUAUUACAUGAUGCUACUCAUGUUUGUAGUCACUGAAACAACAGGAAGCUGAAGGAAGAUGAUAGUGAUGGAAGCAACGUUUGAAGUUUUUUAUCUUCCAUAUUAUGUAGCAAAAAAAAAAAUCCUUAAAUUAUUUGUGAAAGCUUAAAUCUCCUUGAUUUUCAUAAGUUGUAGUAAUUUUUAUUGAAGUGACGGUUGAGAUAACUUUUGCCUUUCCAAAUACUGAAAACAGUUUUUCCUGGUGGUUAUACCUGAAAUGGAAAUAAGGACCGGAGUUCAUGCUGUUUAUGAUCAUGCUUUUUUCAGGAUGACAAGUCUGGUAUUUUUUACUACCUUACUGAAGCCUUGUGUGUGUUCAUGGGGGGAAAAAAAGAAUUCUCAGUGCAGUAAGUUGUUUUAUUUCCAGAAACAUUGGUCUGUUGUAUUUUUCUAGCAUUUAUAAUCAUUUUACACUCUCACAUCUGGGCAUUGUUUUCAAAGACAAUCUGGUAUACUUGAUAUUACAGAUGAUAAUUCUACUAUGGUGUAGUAGUGAACUUGUAAUGGAAAAUUUUAAGAGUAAAAAAAAAACAGAUGGGCAUUUUUCUGACAAAUCAUAAUCACUACUUUGUGGUAUAGAUUUGAAGUAUUCUUCUGGUACCUAGGAUGUGGUAGUACUGAAAUCAAGGCCCUCUGAGGCAGUCUGUCUUGUGUAGUAAGUGCUAGGCACUAAUAAAGUCCUGAAGAAUCAUUUGGAUAAAUGGCUCGUUUGCUACUGAUGUUGCUGAAUUAAUGAUAAAGACCUGCUUACAUUCCUUCUGUCAUUCCUAUAUAGCGCCUGAAUUUUUAUAUCUUUUCAUGUGAAAACACAGUGGUUGCCAAACUGAUAGGUAGUUCCUGAAUUUUCCAGAUGAGAUACUAAAACAUGAAUGUAGAUUUUGUACACAGCCUUGGAGUGUACUCUCAUGCCCAGAAGGGAAAACUGGGUGUAAAGAAAAAUAGCAGGCACGUACAUAUAGCUCUUAAACUUUACAAUCUUUUCCAGUCUUCAGACCCAUCUUUAUCCCUAUUGCUGGUCUCCAGUCCUGUGUGCUUCUCCUGAGAAUGCAGGUACAGAGGGCCCUUUCAGCUGGCUGCACUAUUCUGCAUCUCUCUUCUGUUUCCUGCCUGGCACCCUGUCAGCUUCCUCACCUUCUCAUCUUGCAGAUGCUCUGCCAGGCCUGGAGUUCCUGACUGGAGGAUGGAUCUGAAAUUUACAGGGUGUAGAGUUGGGUGCAGUUUAAGAUACGCUGUUUGCAUGUAUUUUCACAGAAAAGGUAAUUAAAAUAUGGCUGUAAUUACAGGGUGAAGAUCCCUUAUAUUGUUUUGUAUUAUGUUGCAUACAGAAUGCUUCUUGUUGGUUGACAGCAUGACUUCUUGAGAUUUUUUUUAAUAGUUAAUAUUACUUAUAAUUGAGACUAGAGAAGAUAACUGGUAUCACUUUAAAGACAAGAAACAGCUGUCAUUGCAACUGUGUCAUGAUUCAAGAAAAGAUGUUGGUUUAUACCAUUUCCAUACCAGCAUGUUUCAGAUGUUUCAGGACUGAGUAUUCCUGGGCUUCCAGGAAUGCUCUAGCACUGCCCAAGAUGCCGGGCUUGGCCACCAUUUUUGUUUGCUUAAAGGGAAAAGCAAUAAUUACAACUUGUUUUCAAGUGAGAACCUGCCUGACUAGCAGUUAGGUUGGAUUGUUCUUGUGUUUGCCUUUUCUUUUUUACUUUUUUUUUCAAAGGUGUACACCUACAAACUUAAGUAUGGGAAAUUGUGUGAAAAAGCCUGUAAGCUGACUAUAGUUACACAGUACUGAUUUUAAUAGUUUUUUGACAUCUUUUUGUUGCUUAUGAGGCCUUAGCUGGCCAUUGGAAGCAAAUGUGCAAGUUUGAAUUUUCUGUGAUAGCACUUUCUUUGUUAUUUUCAAGGUCAGCUUGAUGUUUUUAUAGUAAGAAAUGUAGAAUUUGUUUGUUAGAUACAAGUGAGGGAAUUCAGAUUCAAAAUAGACUUUAAGCCUUUUUAUACAUUCUGAAAAAAGGUAAGCAUCACAAAAGUUCUGUGUAAGUUAGUAGGUGACAAGUCCAAUAAGUAACUACAAUUGCAUCUAGAACAUCAGUAAACAGUGAUAACUGAUUUAUUUUUUCACCUAAGGGUAUACUUGCUCAGGUUUUUAUGAGAGUUGAAAGUGUAUCUUUUCUUGUCCUCCAUUAUUUUGUGUUUUACUAAUUACCUUAGGUUUAGCUUCUUAUGUUACACUUUACUUUUAACGCUUUAAUGGAGAUGCAUUGCAGCAUUUAAACAAAUAUUUGUAUGAAUAACUGAUAUCCAGAGAUGGAUGAAUGUCUGCGUAUCAUCUGCUAAAACUCAGCUUCCUGGUAUUCAGUACCAAGUUUUGAAAGUAUGAUUUUUCUCAUGUUUUCAUAUAGCUGGAGUUAACUGUGGGGUUACUGGUCUGGUUUUGUGGGUUUUUUUCUGUGACUGAAAACAGUAACUUAAAAGCAUAUUGCCCCAAAGACAAAGCCUGCAAACAGCGUAAUUUUUACAGGACCUACAGCAAAAUAAUAAGAUAAAAUAAGUGCUACACAGUGUCUGUAUUAAAAUGUCACGAAUGUUUGUCAUGGUAAAGUAACAGUGGAAGAAAACUACUGGAGAGAAUGCAUAGUGAACACUGGUCCUUCACAGGCUAAUCCUGUAAGUCUGUACACAUCAUCAGCCUUGUUCAUUACAUUGUCUCCUACAGACAGACAGAGUGCUUGCAUGGUUUGCUAGACUAAGGGAAAAAGUGCUGGUCCAAGUAAAUGACUCUGCUUUUUAUGUAAACAUAAAACUGAAACAAAAGUUUAAUUGCAUCAUUAUUAAGAGCUGCUGACACUGUUUUUCCAUAAAAAUUGAAGCAGCUGCUAUUAAUAAAAUGGACCUUAAUGACUAACAUUCUUCAUUUAUUUUUCUGAAGACGUAGAGCUGGGUGUAAAGGUGAAGGAUAUAGAGGGUAUCUUUUUAACAGUUUUGAGUGAACCUGUUUUGGGAACGUGAACAAGACACAAGGGGGAGAAGCUGCUGCUGAACUGCAGUUUUCCACUCAUUGCACCCACUGUGCAAAGUGUGAAGUUCAUGGCUUUUCUCUCAUUGUGCAGAUUUCAGGUGCAGUAUUUUUUCAUGCUUCUAUAAAAUGCAAUACUCAUGUAACAAGAUCUUUAAAUACCAGUCCAGAGCAAGAGCUUUUUAGUUACUGAUUAAGCCCUGAACUGUUUUCCCCAGCAGCCAUUAUUAGCCUGAUACUUGCUAUGAUUCUUGAUUAUCACACCCCUUUUAAAUAUAUUUGAUAACGAGUAGAGAGGAUUUUUCUUCUGUUUUGAUAUAAUUGUCCAUUUCUCUGAUCCUUAAUACCGACUCAGUGGUUAAUUUCUCCUUUGUGCUUCUAUUAAAAUCCCUAUCUGCAGUUUGCUGGGAUUCCCUUUUGGAUUUCUCUCCCAUUCAGGCUUUGUUGCAGUGACAAACCCUGUUGGGAUUCAUUGGCCAGAGACUGCUAUAAUGUGAAACAAUGCCAGUUAUGCCUCUGCUGUGCCUGGCAUGUGAAGACUUCCUCUUGCUGUGUGCAAAUACUUGUCUAUUUCAGUGAGCCACAGAAGUUCCUGACAAUGUGGCAAUUUGGUGAAAUAAUGUGUUAAAGGGGUUGUGUAUUUCAGUCCCCAUGUGCAUUGAAGCCCUUCAUGGGUAUGCUGGGAUCUUGUACAAGAGUUAAAUGAAUCACUACAGUAUUUGCCUGAAGUGUGAAACAUUGUAAACGAAGAAACUGCCAAAAUAAUUACUAAAGCUUGCCUUUACCUUGAAAUUACAGGAAUUACUCUUAUGUGAGUUUAAGUUGAAUUGUACAAAAUAGUACAGGUAUCCAAAUACCUGUAAAGAAAUCUUAAUGAAAUCUUUCAAGGCAGCUCACUAAAAUUCUGAAGACUGUGUAUGAUUUUGUUCUGGAAUGCUAAUUUUAGUAGCUUAGCCAUGACUUGUCCGAAGUGCAAUAGUAGAAAUUUUUAAUGUAAUCUUUUCUACUUGAAUACAGUCUAUAUCAAAUGUUAAAUGUCCUUUAUUGGUGAAAAAAUAUGGGAUUCACUUUC